CUUGGGAGCCGGGCAUGUGGGUUGGACGCACGGUCGCGGCUGGAGGGGAGCCCGCCCUCAUCGCUCACAGUGCUCUGAGAUCCCGCCGGAGGCCCUCCGGGAGACAAGUCCCUCCAAGGGGGUGAGCCAUCCGGGAGACAGAGGCUGCCAAGAAGACGUCGCCAUGGCCCCUGGAUGCUACCUUUGGCUACUACAGCUGCUGCUGCUGGCAGCUGUCCCCUGGGCCCAGGGGAGAGAGGGAGAAUCUGAGAGGGAAGGAGAGAAGAUCAUUGAAGGGGUGGAGUGUAACCGGAAUUCCCAUGCGUGGCAGGUGGCCCUGUUCAAUGGAAAUCAGCUGCACUGUGGUGGAGUGCUCGUGUCUCCGUUCUGGGUGCUUACAGCUGCCCACUGCAUGAUGCCUUACUACAACGUGCACCUGGGCAAGCACAACCUGAGGGGGAGAGAAAGGGGCUCCCAAGUGAUCCAGGCCAGCAAGUCCUACCGGCAUCCUCAGUACUCCACAGUGACCCAUGUCAAUGACAUCAUGCUGAUAAAGCUAUCGAGGCCGGUCAGGAUGAGAUCCAACAUCAAAGCCGCCACCCUCCCCUCCAAGUGUACUUCACCUGGCGCCACCUGCACUGUGUCUGGCUGGGGCACUACCACCAGCCCAACUGUGACAUAUCCAGAAAAGCUCCAGUGUACAGAUGUGAAUAUCAUCUCCACUUCAGAGUGCAAGAAGGUUUACAAGGAUCUAUUGAAGGAAUCCAUGCUGUGUGCUGGCAAAGCAGGCUCUAAAACCAAUGCAUGCAAUGGUGACUCCGGGGGACCCUUGGUGUGUGAUGGAGUCUUGCAGGGCCUCGUCUCGUGGGGAACCUUCCCUUGUGGCCAGCCUAACGACCCUGGAGUCUACACUGAAGUUUGCAAGUUUAUGCCCUGGAUCAGGAAAACCAUGAGGAGGAGUUAAGAGUGUGUUUGUGUGUGUGCGUGUGUGUGUGUAUGUGUGUUGAUGGAGGGAAGAAUAUCUGAGGGCCAAACACUCAAUAAAUGUGAUAUUCACAA